AUGGCUUCGAUUCUCGACCAGCUGCCGGUCCCAACGUUGGACCGGCCAUUCGGCAUCCACCUCUGGCCCAUCUUCAACAAGGCCUUCGAGAAGGUUGUUGGCUACCCUGCCGAUGACUUCCGCUUCCAGCCCGGUCAGACUCCCAUGUCUACCCUGAAGGAAACGAGCAUCUUCAUCGUCAUCUACUAUGCCAUCAUCUUUGGUGGCCGAGAGUACAUGCGCAGCCGCGAGCCCUUCAAGCUCCGGACGCUCUUCCUGAUCCACAACUUUUACCUGACCGCCAUUUCCGGCAUCCUCCUCGCUCUCUUCAUCGAGCAGAUGCUUCCCACUGUUGUUCGCAAGGGUCUCUUCUUUGCCAUCUGCGAUGCUGAUGGCGGCUGGACUCAGCCCAUGGUUGUCCUCUACUACUUGAACUACCUCACCAAGUACCUCGAGCUGUUGGAUACCUGUUUCCUGUUCCUCAAGAAGAAGCCUCUCACCUUCCUUCACUGCUACCACCACGGCGCCACCGCUCUCCUUUGCUACACCCAGCUCAUCGGUUCCACUGCCGUCUCAUGGGUUGUCAUCUGCCUCAACCUCCUCGUCCACGUCGUCAUGUACUGGUACUACUUCCAGAGCGCGCGUGGCGUCAAGAUCUGGUGGAAGGAGUGGAUCACCCGUCUCCAGAUUAUCCAGUUCGUCAUUGAUCUUGGCUUCGUCUACUUCGCGUCGUACACUUACUUCACUUCGGCUUACUGGCCCUGGAUGCCCUCCGCCGGCAAGUGCGCGGGUGAGGAGUUUGCUGCCUUCUCCGGUAUCGGUAUUCUCAGCUCUUACCUCUUCCUCUUCAUCUCCUUCUACUUCGCUACCUACAAGAAGGAUGGGAAGCGCCCCACUGGCCGCAAGGCUGUCCGCAGAAUGUCCCAGGCUCCUCUUCCCGACCCGAGCACCAUCAUUCACGGCAAGGACGUCAAGGCCACUGGUGUCAAGACCAAUGGCAGUUCUACUCGCUCCCGCAAGGCCUAAAUCAGCUUGGUUGGGGAGGCUGUGUUGGUGUGAACGCAUCCUUCCUGAUCCAUGCUACGGAAGCUUCUGCCCGAGUUUCUGAGUCUCAGUUAGUCUCACCAACGACUGAACAUAGACGAAAGAAGAGUGCAGCACUCGAGAGUUCCGGCGCAUUCUUUUCCGCGCUUGGGACUCGGGGCAUUAAUCCCCUCAAUAAAACAUAAUAAUGACAUCUCGGUAUUUAUCUACGGAGUUAUACGCGGGGAAAAAUACACAUUGCAUCACGAAUUCGGGGCUUCUCAUGAUUACUCGCCCUGGGGAGAAUACACGGGCAGUGGGCAAAGUGGCUGAAUGGGCGGCGAUGGCGGCCAAGGGCUGUGUAGCUUUUCUAAUGGGCAAGGCGGGUUGGGCGGUAUGGUAUGUUAAGGCGACGGACGCAUGGCUUUUAUGGGAUUGGCAUCAAUGAGCGACGACGCCGGAGCUGCCA